UAAUUUAGAUUCCCGUUGGGCAGUCAACUCAGAAACUACCUAUUAUGCAGACAAAGUCACAUGCAGAAGCUUGUUUAUAAUGAAACUUGAUCUUCGCGUGGACCCAACAGUCGGCCCUUAGGAGAGCCGAACAAAUGAUUAUCACCCCUUCAGCGUAGACAAUAAGAGCUAUCACGAUGUGGCCCGCGUCGCAGUACUCGCACACCAACGUGGUGGCUGGCAAGCAGAAUGAACAUCAGAACCAACAGAACCUCAAGACUUUGGGCAUGACCUCCGCUAUUUCUAUGGCAGGUCCGAAACCGAUCGACAUCGAAAAGACGAGCGAACUAAAGGAAUGCCUUGUGCCGUUCGGCGUGUUCGAAUCCGAAGCGGAAAUGCAUCAUCGUAUGGAAGUGCUGGGAGCGUUGCACCGGCUCGUGAGACAAUGGAUACGCGACGAGUCCGUACGCAAGAACAUGCCGGCAAGCGUGGCUCAUACAGUUGGCGGGAAUAUAUAUACCUUCGGAUCGUAUCGGCUUGGGGUACAUCACAGAGGCGCCGACAUCGACGCGUUGUGCGUGGCCCCGCGUCACAUCGAGCGGUCCGACUAUUUCGCGUCCUUCUACGAUCUACUCAAACAGCAACCGCAGGUGAAGGAUUUGAGAGCGGUGGAGGAUGCGUUUGUGCCGGUCAUCAAGAUGAACUUCGAUGGCAUCGAGAUCGAUCUGUUGUUCGCCAGACUCGCUCUCAAGGAGAUACCUGAUUCGUUCGACUUACGCGACGAUAUGCUACUCAAGAACUUGGACCAAAAGUGCGUGCGUUCUCUGAACGGAUGCCGGGUCACCGACGAGAUAUUGCGGCUAGUUCCGGACAUAAACAACUUCCGACUCACAUUGCGAGCCAUCAAGCUGUGGGCUAAACGUCACGGCAUAUACUCCAACACACUGGGCUACCUAGGCGGCGUUUCUUGGGCGAUGCUAGUUGCCAGAACUUGCCAAUUAUACCCGAAUGCUCUGCCAGCCACUUUGGUGCACAAGUUCUUCUUAGUCUUUAGUCAGUGGAAGUGGCCUCAGCCUGUGCUUCUGAAACAGCCUGACGCGGUUAAUUUGGGCUUCCCCGUGUGGGAUCCGAGAGUGAACGUUUCGGACCGUUUCCACCUGAUGCCAAUCAUCACUCCCGCGUAUCCUCAGCAGAAUUCCACCUUCAACGUAUCAGCUUCUACACGCAGCGUCAUCAUGGAGGAAUUCAGGCUGGGUCUCGCCAUAACGGACGAGAUAAUGCUCGGAAAAUGCGGUUGGGAGCGUUUAUUCGAAGCGCCAAACUUCUUCUCUCGCUACAAACACUUCAUAGUUCUUCUAGCGGCGGCCGCAAGUGCCGACGAUCAACUGCAGUGGUGCGGCCUCAUAGAGUCACGGAUCAGGCAUCUCAUCACGACAUUGGAACGCAACCAGCAUAUAACGAUAGCUCACGUCAAUCCAGAAUGCUACAAUUCUAUACCGCUGCAUUCAAACGAUGGCCAUCCGUUGGCGCUGCCUCCAGGUACAGACAGCUCAGCGGUGCCCACUGAUCCUGCGCCAGAACUCAAAAGGAAUGAUAAAGGUGAAGUGAUGCCAAACUUCUGUUCGAUGUGGUUCAUCGGUCUAGUGUUCGAGAAGACAAACUUAACAGUGGAUCUCACCUAUGACAUCUCCUCGUUCACCGAAGCGGUGCACUAUCAAGCGGACAACACAAGCAUGCUGCGAGAAGGGAUGACUAUUGAGGCCCGUCACGUGCGUCGCAAACAACUACAUCAAUACCUCUCCCCUUCGCUUCUGAAGCGGGAACGAACCACUUCCGGGGCCAAACGUCGACCCCCCGACCAUCCUGCGCCCGCGCCUCUUAAGAAGACCAAACGACUGUCUGAAAGUAGUACGGACGAGGUCAGCAUCCUAUCAUACAACGACGACUCAAAUUCCUCAAACGUGUACGAAGUCAACAUUCAGAACGGAACUGCCCCUGUAGAAUCAGCCAAGACCACAGAAAAGCCCCAAGAACAUCCGCCUUCUACAUCCAGCACUAUUGCCUGUACGUAGCAGUAUGAAGAAUGGAGGCAACGGUUCAUAUACGGAGCCAACAGUGUCAAACUGAAAGUGAAACGUGACUCUAAGUGACAGUGAUUGUGAUAGUGUUUUAAGAAUGUGAUAAAAACUACUGUGUGUUCGGUAAAUUGUGCAAUUCGCCACACGUUUUGUCGAAGCUCUCGGUGUUGUCCGGUGGCAAGGAAGCAACAUGAUUUUUUACUUCGGUAAGUUGACUGAAGCAUUUACUUUAAUGAGUGGCUUCUUUGGUCUGACUGAGGUUUAAACG